AUGUCACACUAUACCAAACCGAAACCUCGUCGUACGCCCAUCCUAGGCGGCCCAUCAUCCUCUGCGACCAAUCAGAUACACCCUAGCACCUCUUCCUCAAACAACCAGCAUCGAGCCAAUGGCUUGGCAUCCUCGUUGACGGAAGAUCAAAGAGGAGAGAUCAAAGAGGCCUUUGAAUUAUUUGACGUAGAUAAAGAUGGGGCAAUAGAUUAUCACGAAUUGAAAGUAUCAAUGAGGGCUUUAGGGUUCGAUAUGAAGAAAUCAGAGGUGAUGAAGCUGUUGAAGGAUCAUGGAGGGGAAGAUGGAUUGAUGGAUUUCCAGGCUUUUGAGAGGAUAAUGACGGAGAAAAUCCUCUCGCGUAAUCCCGAGACAGAACUUCGAAGGGCGUUCGAACUUUUCGAUGACGAUAGGACAGGUAGGAUAAGUUUGAAGAAUUUGAAGAGGGUAGCUAGGGAAUUGGGUGAGAAUCUAGGUGAAGAGGAAUUACAAGCGAUGAUUGACGAAUUCGACCUAGAUCAGGAUGGAGAGAUCAACCUGGAUGAAUUUCUAGCUAUAAUGUUGGAUGGGGAGUAG